AUUGUUAAACCAGCGUGAGCGUCAAAAUUCUGCGAUCCCUUGUAAACGUAUCUUCCUCUUCUCUCCCGAUCUGUUUAUCACCGAUCUAGAUCUUAUUAACAAUGGCGGCAACACCAGAUUUGUUGUUUGGCUUGAGAAAUAACUUUUACUUGGGAGCAUAUCAAGCUGCCAUAAACAGCGGCGAUGUCCAAAAUCUCAAAGAAGAGGAUGCAAUCGAAAGAGACUGCCUCAUUUACAGAUCCUACAUUGCACUUGGAAGCUACCAACUUGUGGUUAACGAGGUCGAUUCAUCUGCGGCAACGCCUCUCCAAGCCGUGAAAUUACUCGCGUUGUACCUUUUGAGCACCGACAAUAAGGAAACUGCAAUUUCAAGCAUAAGGGAAUGGUUGGAUGAUCCAGCCAUUGGGAACAACCCAAUUCUCAGGCUUAUUGCUGGGAUCAUUUUCAUGCAUGAACAGGAUUAUAACGAGGCUUUGAAGUACACAAAUGUUGGGGGAACCAUGGAACUGAAUGCUUUGAAUGUCCAAAUUUUUCUCAAGAUGCACAGAUCAGAUUAUGCUGAGAAGCAAUUGAGAGUCAUGCAACAGAUUGAUGAAGAUCACACUCUAACUCAACUUGCUACUGCUUGGCUAAAUUUAGCUGUGGGAGGUUCAAAGAUCCAAGAAGCAUAUCUCAUCUUCCAAGACUUCUCUGAGAAGUACCAAAUGACAAGUUUGAUCCUCAAUGGAAAAGCUGUGUGUUGCAUGCACAUGGGUAACUUCGAUGAAGCUGAAUCAUUUCUACUCGAAGCACUCAACAAGGAUGCAAAGGAUCCGGAAACUCUAGCUAAUCUGGUUGUAUGCAGUCUUCAUCUUGGAAAACCUUCUUCGCGUUUUUUAAGCCAGUUGAAACUGUCGCAUCCAGAGCACAUGCUCAUCAAACGAGGAUCAGCUGCAGAGGAAAGUUUUGACAGAGCAGUGCAAACCGUUUAAGAUGCGAAUAUAUGAAUAUGAAUAUGUUUUAAAUAUUUUAAAAACUUAGCUGUUUUGUUUGAUUGUUAAAAUGAUUUUGUUGGAAGACUCUUGUUAUUUUUUUUUAUUUGUUGGUUGAAUAAUCUAGAAGCCCUUUUAUUGUUGUUA